CGAAUCAAGCCGCCCCUUAUGGCAAAAAUAAUCAUCCUACCAUAUGCAGGGGGAACACUAGUUUCCAUCCCUGUGAUAUCAAGAAGCAAGUGCCAAAGUGUCGUCGCUAUUCAGAAUGCCACAGACCAACAAGUCCAGAAGUACCUCGGCCAGUGGCUCUAGUACCGGACCGGACCGAGGGGAGGAAAGAGAAGAAGAAAGAGAGGAAGCUGAGCCAGGGCCAAAGGUCCAAGUCCAGGAAGCAGGGGAUGGAGGAGGAGAGAACACUGGAGACCCGGAGAUCAUCAAGUCCCCUAGUGACCCCAAACAGUACAGGCACAUCGAGCUGACCAAUGGACUUCGAGUUAUGCUAAUUUCAGAUUUCACUGGUCUCGCCUCCUCUGGAGACGACGAAUCAGAGGAGGAGGAGGAACUGGGGGAGGAGGAAGAGGAGGAAGAAGACUCAGGAGAGGGAACAGAGGAAGAGUCUGAAGAAGAUGAAGAUGACAAGGACAGUGACUUUGAGGAUGAUGAGGAUGGAGGGAAGAGGAAGAAGAGACACUCAGAGAAACAGUCUGCAGCAGCGCUGUGUGUGGGUAUUGGCAGCUUCAGUGACCCUAAUGACCUCCCAGGCCUUGCCCAUUUCCUGGAACACAGUGAGUAUCUCCUCCCUCUCUCCUCUCCUCUCUCUCUUCCCUCUCUUUUCUCCUCUCCUUUCUCUCUCCUCUCUCUCUCCUCCCUCUCUCCUCUCCCUCUCCUCCCUCUCUCCUCUCCUCCCUCUCUCCUCUCCUCUCUCUCCUCCCUCUCCUCCCUCUCUUUUCUCCUCUCCUCCCUCUCUCCUCCUGUAGUGGUGUUCAUGGGCAGUGAGAAGUACCCAUCAGAGAAUGGUUUCGAUGCCUUCCUGAAGAAACAUGGGGGUAGUGACAACGCCUCCACGGACUGUGAGAGAACCGUCUUCCAGUUUGACGUCCAGAGAAAGAAAUUCAGAGAGGCUCUGGACAGAUGGGCCCAGUUCUUCAUCUGUCCUCUGAUGAUCCGAGACGCCAUCGACAGGGAGGUGGAAGCUGUCGACUCUGAGUACCAACUGGCCAAGCCGUCUGACUCUCACAGGAAAGAGAUGUUGUUUGGGAGUCUAGCAAAGCCAGGUCACCCUAUGGGCAAGUUCUGCUGGGGUAACGUCCAGACUCUGAAGACAGAGCCCAGGAAAAAGAGGAUCAAUGUUUACAAGAGGCUCCGCUCCUUCUGGAAGAGACAUUACUCUGCCCACUACAUGACCCUGGCUGUGCAGUCUAAAGAGAAGCUGGACACUCUAGAGGAGUGGGUGAAGGAGAUCUUCAGUGGAGUUCCCAACAAUGCUCAGCCCAAGCCGGACUUCUCUGAACUGCUGGAUCCCUUUGAUACUCCAGCCUUCAACAAGCUGUACAGAGUUGUUCCUGUGAGGAAGGUCCAUGCUCUGACCAUCACCUGGUCCCUGCCUCCUCAGGAGAAACACUACAGGGUGAAGCCUCUCCACUACAUCUCUUGGCUGAUUGGUCACGAGGGCACAGGCAGCAUCCUAUCAAUUCUCAGGAGGAAGUGCUGGGCCAUGGCUCUGUUUGGAGGGAACAGUGAAACAGGCUUUGACCAGAACUCUACCUACUCCAUCUUCUCCAUCUCCAUCACACUCACUGACCAAGGAUUCCAGAACUUCUACCAGGUGGCUCACCUGGUCUUCCAGUACCUCAAGAUGAUGCAGAGCCUGGGCCCCCAACAACGGAUCUAUGAGGAGAUUCAAAAGAUUGAAGACAACGAGUUUCACUACCAGGAACAGACGGACCCUAUAGAGUAUGUGGAGGAUAUCUGUGAGAACAUGCAGCUGUUUCCUACAGAACACUUCCUCACCGGAGACCAGCUCAUGUUCCAGUAUUCACCUGAGGUGAUCAGUGCGGCCCUGUCCUUGCUGACUCCAGACAGAUCCAACCUGUUGCUGCUCUCUCCAGACCAUGAAUGCCACUGUCCCCUCAGGGAGAAAUGGUUUGGGACACACUACAGCGUAGAGGAUAUCCAGCAGGAGUGGAGAGAGCGCUGGAACGGAGACUUUGAGCACAGCUCUGACCUGCACCUUCCUGUCGAGAACAAGUUCAUCGCGACUGAUUUCAGCCUGAAGCUGUCUGACUGUCCUGAUACUGAGCUGCCAGUCAGAGUAACUGCCAACGACCGAGGAUGCCUCUGGUACAAGAAGGACAACAAGUUCAACAUACCCAAAGCGUACAUCCGCUUCCAUCUCAUCUCUCCGGUCAUCCAGCAGUCAGCCAGGAACCUGGUGUUAUUUGACCUGCUAGUGAACAUACUGGGUCAUAACCUAGCAGAGCCAGCCUACGAGGCUGACGUGGCCCAGCUGGACUACAAGCUAUCAGUAGGAGAACACGGACUGGUUAUUAAGGUCAAGGGCUUCAACCACAAACUGCCUCUCCUGUUCCAUCUGAUCCUGGACCAUCUGGCUGACUUCUCUGCCUGUCAAGAUGUCUUCAAUAUGUUCUCUGAGCAGCUCAAAAAGGCCUAUUUCAACAUCCUCAUACAACCUGAGAAACUGGGCAAGGACGUGCGGUUGUUGGUCCUGGAGCAUGGUCGCUGGUCCAUGGUAGAGAAGUACCAGGCGCUGGCAGACGGUGGUCUGACUGUAGAACAACUGAUGGAGUUCAGCAGAACCUUCAAGACCCAGCUCUAUGCAGAGGGACUGGUGCAGGGGAACUUCACUAGCCAGGAGUCAAUCCAGUUCCUGCAGUACGUCACUGAUAAGCUGCAGUUCUCCAAGCUGCCAGCAGAGGUCCCAGUGUUGUUUAGAGUGGUGGAGCUGCCUCUGAAACAGCACGUCUGUAAGGUCAAAGCACUGAACAAGGGAGACCCCAACUCAGAGGUCACAGUCUACUACCAGUGUGGUCUGAAAACCCUCAGAGAACACACACUGAUGGAGCUGCUGGUGAUGCACAUGGAGGAGCCCUGCUUUGACUUCCUCAGGACAAAAGAGACUCUGGGGUACCAUGUUUAUCCAACCUGCAGAAACACAUCUGGAGUCCUGGGCUUCUCUGUCACGGUGGAAACACAGGCCACCAAGUUCAAUACUGAGCUGGUAGAGUUGAAGAUAGAGGAGUUUCUGUCUUCCUUUGGAGAGAAGUUGAGUGCCCUGACUGAGAGUGCCUUCAACACACAGGUGACUGCGCUGGUCAAGCUAAAGGAGUGUGAGGACACACACCUGGGAGAGGAGGUGGACAGGAACUGGGCCGAGGUCGCUACACAGCAGUAUGUCUUCAACAGGCUUCACAGAGAGAUUGAGGCCCUGAAGCAGAUGACGAGAGCAGAGCUGGGAUCCUGGUAUCUGGAGCACCGCGGACACAACUGCAGAAAACUCAGUGUACAUGUGGUGGGUUUUGGGCCGGAGGAGGGCGACCCCCCAGGAGAUGACGAGCAGAGUCGUCAUGGCAACGGAGAGAGGGAUGAGGAAGAGUGCGGCAGUUCGUCCUACGGAGAAGUGUCCAAACUGACCUUCCUCCCCGCCUCUCCCAAGAUGGCCGCCGCUACAUCCAUCAUGGACAUUCCUUCAUUUACCCAGAGCCUUACCCUCUUCCCAUACCAUAAGAUCAUCCAAUAGACUACCAAUAUCUAUUUUCUCAAUAUUUCUUUCAAACUCUCUCUCCUUCAUUGCCUGACCAUAAUGUCAUCUAAUAAACUCAAUGAGAUACACUA